UCUGUUUUCCUCACACGCAAACGGAUGAAAGGUUGAGAAAGAGGGAGAGUGAGAGGAGGAGGAGGAGGAGGAGGAGGAGGAAGACGACCUCAGUCUCUUCUGUUUGCCUUCAACUCUCUUUAAUCUUCCUCAGUCCUAUUCCUUUCCUUUUGCUGUAAACAGGCGGAGAUGGCUCGCUCCCUCGUCGGCGUCGCUGCGUCUCUCAAGAAUUACGUCAGUACUCCCUCUGUUAGCAGGAGGGGAUACACGGCGGCGGCCACUGUGGCAAUCAACGCGGAGCAGAACGCCGCGGCGUGUAAGGGGAUGGCGGACUCCACCAUGACCGGCGUCGGCGCCUCCCAUGCUUCCGCGUCUUCCUCUUCCUGGAUGCCGGAUCCGGUGACGGGCUACUAUCGGCCGGGAAACCGCCGGAAGGAGGCGGAACUGCGAGAGACGAUUCUCUCCAACGAGCAGUGAAUUUAACCGAGGCAUCGUUAGUGUGUUUAAUACGACGUCAUGUCGUUAAUCCAUCGCAGGUGUCUUAAAAUCAGAAAUAACUACUGAAUAAAUGGUCAUUUACCAGAA